UUGGAGUGCUGUGUUGUAACGGUGUUCACUUCUGAAAGAGAAAACGCGUUGGUGUUCUCUGUGCUUCUGACAGUCAUGGGCAGCGGUGCCUCUUUACCUAACGUCAGAUUACCCAGUGACACCGUCGUUGUUGUAACAGGUGGAAACACAGGGAUCGGCUAUGAAUUGGCAAAGGGGUUGGCUAUAAUGGGAGCUCAUGUGAUCAUAGCCUGUCGGUCAGAGCAAAGAGCGACCGAGGCCAUUGCCAAAAUGAAGGCUGAAUUCCUAUCGGAGACGUCCCACCUAGGUCUGUCCCAUUCUGAUGAGAGGGAGUUACAGCUGGAAUACAUGCACCUGGACCUGGCUAUCCUUAAAUCAGCAAUGGACUUUAUCACUUCUUUUAAGCAGGCGGGACGAAAGUUACAUAUAUUACUAUGUAAUGCAGGGAUAGGGUCACCGCCAUGGGGUCAUACGGAGGAUGGAUACGAGACUCAGUUUCAGGUGAACUACCUGGGUCAUUUCCUGAUUAUAGCCCACCUGCUACCCAUCAUGCAGCAGUCCGGCGAGGAUUGCCGUAUCAUCUUGACGUCAAGCGUGGCUUCACAAUAUGGCACCUUCGACUUAGACACAAUCCAGGCGAAAGAUGAGAGGGUGUACAAGCGAUGCAUGUAUUACAGCAAAUCUAAGCUCUAUCAGGUAAUGCAGACGAUAACUAUGGCGUCACGGCUUUCCGGUAGUCACGUGACAAUGACGUGCUAUCAUCCGGGCGUUGUAGCCACAGAAAUAACCCGCAGUAUGGAAGACCACUCAUGCAUUUGCCUAUUUGGGCUUUUUAAAUGUUGUCUGAAAACUCCAGAACAAGGGGCGAAGACUGGCAUAUACUUGGCGGUUAGUCCAGAAGUGAAGGGCCAAUCUGGUGGUUAUUAUGUGAACUGUCGACAGAAAACCCCAAGCAGAACGGCCAGUUUUCUCCCUAGAAAUGAAACCUACCAGAAACAACUAUGGGACUAUACUGUCGACUGUCUCAAGGAUUUGUUACCAGCAGACUUCUCUUGAUGACCGUGAAGAACACAGUAUAGGACGUUCAGGAACACAGCAGGAAUGAUUGCUUGUAGGUAAAGUUUACAGUCCGAGGGAAACUGUAAUAUGAACCCCUAAAUUCAUAUUCAACUGUGCUUGUGCCAAGGACUCGGAUUUGUACGAGCAGGAACAUAACUAUGGACUGUUCAAGACGAGCUGUGCGAUCAUGCGCGACGCCCAAAUAAACAAGGGUGGCUUAAAUAGAUCUAACAUUAAAGUGACAUGGUCUCCGAAAUAUUAGGCAGUUUUGCGUUAUUACAGAAUGACAUGAGUCUUGGGUAUUUUUCUCAGGAAGUGAAAGUCACAAGCUUUUCGUUAAUCCCACCCUCAGCAUUGAGCUUUAAGUGAAUGUUUAAAAAUAAAAAAAAAAUAUGAAAACUGAAAAUUCCACCAGGAUAUUUAAAUAAGGCGCUGUCAAUACAGUGGAAAUGAAGCAUGUGCAAAGAGCUCGGUGAACUGUGCUA